CCCCGCAAGUUCAAAACAUUGCAAAUUUCCCUGUUACUGCUCACUGUACGAACAAGGGUAAGAUUCGCUACCUUAAAUAUAUGUAAACAGAGCAAUAUGGCCGUUGUUGUAUGUACUUCUGUUUUUGUUCUUUGUUUGGAAUUAAAGCCAUUUUGUUUGUUUACUUUAGCGCAUCUUAAUCACAACUUCUAAGUAUAAUCACUUUAUUUAGUCGCGAACUGCGAUUGAAUUUUGAAAGUUUAUCACAAAUAGAUUCGCGUCUUAACUGUUGUCUCAAUAUUUGAGUAAUAAAUUUUGGCAAAAGAGCAAAAAAUGUGUGUCACUAACAGCACAGUGUCCCCACCCUGCACUAAUUCUACAGUUUCCAGCCUUCGAAAGAAUCGACUCGUGACCAAAUCGCUGAAAAAACUCUAUGAAGACCGAGACAAAACGGGUGAUGUAUGUUUUAUCGUCGGAUCGACUCGUAUUCGUGCUCAUCGGUGCGUAUUAGCAUCAAUCAGUUCAAAAUACGAGACUCAGUUCUAUGGUUGUCAGCCGGACAAAGGUGAUGUGAUAGUACCUGAGGAACAUUCGCCAUAUGCGUUUAUAAAGUUUAUCCAAUUAUUCUAUUUGGACGAAAUUUUGAUGACCACUAAAGUUGUCGAAGAGGUUUUAGUGUUAGCGAAACAGUCGCGAGUCGGCGCAUUUGUUCAGCUAUGUGUCGAUUUUCUUAUCGACGUAGCUCCGUUGGGCAAUGUCUUUCUGGGUUAUCGAUUGGCUCUGUUCUAUGACUUCGUCCAAUUAAAAGAUUUAUGUGAAUCGAUCAUCAAAAGGGACACGGUGAAAAUAUUCCAGUCUGAAGAUUUCAUUGUCAAUUGCGAUUUUGAUUCACUUUUGAGCGUCUUAAAACUGGACACAUUGAAUUGUAAAGAAAGUGAAGCUUUUAAUGCUUGCAUAAAAUGGGCUAAGGAUGCAUGCAAACGUAACAAUACCGAUCCAGAAGAAGCAGAAAAUUUGCGCAUUGAACUUGAUAACAUUAUCACCGAAAUACGUUUUCGCUCUAUGACGAUUGAAGAAUUUGCCAAUAUUCACAGAUCAAAUGGACAGUUUUUCAGCCCAGAUGAAAUCAAUGAAAUUAUUUACUUGAUCGGUAAGGUCAAGUCUUACAAAUCAGCAAUAUUCAAUCAAAGACCGCGAAAUUCUUCCGAAAAGACGAUUUCAAUUGCGUGCUCUGAACUGUCACUUAGAACCAAUAGAAGAGAAUGCAACCGAGUUCUAUCUUAUAGUCCAGUGUAUUACACCAGUUUCUUAGCAACAUCGUACAUGUCAUUUUAUUGUGAUCAUUCAAUUCGCUUGGAAGGCUUCACUGUGGGUUGCUCCGAAUACGAGCGUGUUGCCGAACCGGUUUUAACUUUCAACGGUUUGAGAAAUAAUAGACGAAUUCCAUCGAUGAUGAAAAAAGAGAUAAAUAAAACGAUCGUCACAUUUGACAAGCCUAUUGAUGUUAGCCCUAACCAAAAAAUUGGAAUUUUAUGCAGCAUUACAGAUAUAACCGUCAAGAGAAUUUAUGAGUGGGCAGCAGGAGUUUCUAUGGGAAGCGUUUCUUUUAUGUUCGACAAUAACAAUGUCAAUAAUGACAACUUCGUUACAGCUUUGCUAUACAAAUUGAAAUAGAAAUAAGU